AUGAAGGUUUCAAGCGGAAACACUAGUACUCUAAAAAUGCUUGUUUUAUUCGUGGCCAUCACAAGUUUAGUGAUGAAAGAAAGCAAUGCACAUCCUUGUAGUGCAACUUUCUUUUCGGCAUUGAUUCAGCUCAUUCCAUGUAGGGCAGCAGUAGCUCCGUUCAGUCCGAUCCCACCAAGCGAGGCGUGUUGCGCGUCGAUCAAGGCAUUAGGGCAGCCAUGUCUCUGUGUUCUUAUCAAUGGCCCUCCUAUUUCUGGUGUUGAUCGAACCAUGGCCUUGCAGCUUCCUGAUAAGUGCACUGCCAACUUUGAACCAUGUGAACUUGCAAAGUAG